CGGAGCGAAGGGCGGCGGCGGCUGCAGCGGCUCGUGCUCGGCCCGGGUUCUGGAUCGCGCUCGGCCCCCGGCUCCCGGUCCGCGUCAGCGCGCCCCGUGCAUCCCGCGCCUCCAGCCCUCGCGCUCGGUCCCGCAGAGGAGCGGCCAUGCCGCCGCGGCGCAGCAUCGUGGAGGUGAAGGUACUGGACGUGCAGAAGCGGCGGGUGCCCAACAAGCACUAUGUCUACAUCAUCCGGGUCACGUGGUCCAGCGGCUCCACCGAGGCCAUCUAUCGGCGCUACAGCAAAUUCUUUGACCUCCAGAUGCAGAUGUUGGACAAAUUUCCCAUGGAAGGAGGACAGAAGGACCCCAAACAGCGGAUCAUUCCCUUUCUUCCCGGCAAAAUUCUCUUCCGACGGAGCCACAUCCGGGACGUGGCUGUCAAACGCCUGAUACCGAUUGAUGAAUACUGUAAGGCUCUGAUCCAGCUGCCCCCCUACAUAUCUCAGUGUGAUGAGGUGCUGCAGUUCUUUGAGACAAGACCUGAGGACCUGAAUCCCCCCAAAGAGGAGCAUGUUGGGAAAAAGAAGUCUGGGGGCGACCUGACUUCGGUGGACCCCAUGGUCCUGGAGCAGUAUGUGGUGGUGGCGGACUACCAGAAGCAGGAGAGCUCGGAGAUCAGCCUCAGCGUGGGGCAGGUGGUAGACAUCAUUGAGAAGAACGAGUCAGGUUGGUGGUUUGUCAGCACCGCUGAAGAGCAAGGCUGGGUGCCCGCAACCUGCCUCGAAGGGCAGGAUGGUGGGCAGGAUGAGUUUGCCCUCCAGCCUGAGGAAGAGGAAAAGUACACAGUCAUCUACCCAUACACAGCGCGUGACCAAGAUGAAAUGAACCUGGAAAGAGGAGCCGUGGUGGAAGUCAUCCAGAAAAACCUGGAAGGCUGGUGGAAGAUCAGGUACCAGGGCAAAGAGGGCUGGGCCCCGGCCUCCUACCUGAGGAAGAGCAGCGGGGAGCCCUCACCCCCGAAGCCAGGCCCCGGCUCACCUGCCCAUGCAGGCGUCCCCGAGCUGGACGGCAUCACCCGGCAGACGGGCCGGGAGAAGGAGCUGCUCAACAACCAGAGGGACGGCCGGUUCGACGGUCGCCCGGCACCUGACGGCGACAUGAAGCAGAGAUCUCCCAAGAUGAGGCAGAGACCCCCUCCUCGCCGAGACAUGACCAUACCUCGAGGUUUGAACCUGCCCAAGCCUCCCAUCCCACCUCAAGUGGAGGAAGAGUAUUACACCAUCGCCGAAUUUCAGACCACCAUCCCUGAUGGCAUCAGCUUCCAGGCAGGCCUGAAGGUCGAGGUAAUCGAGAAGAACUUGAGUGGCUGGUGGUACAUUCAGAUUGAAGAUAAGGAGGGAUGGGCCCCCGCGACCUUCAUUGACAAGUAUAAGAAGACCAGCAAUGCCUCGAGACCCAACUUUCUGGCUCCCUUGCCCAACGAGGUGCCGCAGCUCCGGCUGGGGGAGGCAGCAGCGAUGGAGAACAGCGUGAGCAGCGAAGCCACGGGCCCCUCCCGGCCCCUGCCCGAGGCCCCGCCCGGUGCUGCAGACUCCGGGAUGCCGUGGUCCAAGGACUGGAAGGGCGGGAAGGAGGUCCUGAGGAAGGCAUCCUCAGACAUGUCCUCGUGCGCAGGCUAUGAGGAGAUCUCGGACCCCGACCUGGAGGAGAAGCCCAGCCUCCCUCCCCGCAAAGAAUCCAUCAUCAAGUCAGAAGGGGAGCUGCAGGAGCGGGAGCGGCAGAGGAUGGAGCAGCUCCGGGGAGCUUCACCCAAGCCUCCCGGCAUGAUCUUGCCCAUGAUUCCAGCCAAACAUGCGCCCCCGGGCCGGGACAGCAGGAGACCAGAGCCCAAACCUGACAAAAGCAAGUUGUUCCAGCUGAAAAACGAAAUGGGGCUGGAGUGCGGCCACAAAGUGUUGGCCAAGGAAGUGAAGAAGCCCAACCUCCGACCCGUCUCCAAAUCCAAAGCCGACCCACCGGAGGAGAGGCCGGAAGCCGUUCCCCCGAAUCCCUUCUUGAAGUCCAAACCCCAGGUGAGGCCAAAACCAGCUCCUUCCCCGAGGACAGAGCCGGCUCAGGGAGAAGACCAGGUGGACAUCUGUAACCUCAGGAGCAAGCUCAGGCCUGCCAAGUCCCAAGAGAAACCCUCAAUGGAUGGAGAGGGUGGCCACCAGGCCGGGGGAGGCCAGGACAUGGCCAUCAGCCGCAGCUUCCUCCCAGGGGAGGGGCCUGGCCGCCCCCAGGACAGGACCAGCAAACAAGACGGGCUUAGCCCAAAGGAGCCGACCUGCAGAGCCCCGCCCAGGCCGGGCAAGACCGCAGAGCCUGUGCCCAAGAACGCGCCCGUCCCUCUCCCACAGGCUUCCCAGCAGAGACCUGUGGUCCCGCCGCGGAGACCACCGCCCCCCAAGAAAACCUCGUCAUCCAGGCCCCUCCCAGAGGUCCGGGGGCCACAGAGAGAGGCCAGUGAAGUCAAGGCAGCUCCUGCCCCGGGCCGGGCCCUGCUCGUCCCUCCAAAAGCCAAACCUUUUCUCUCCACCUCCCCUGGGGGCCAAGAUGACAUGCGAGGCAAAGGUGGGCUGGGGCCACGGAUGACGGGCAAGAUGGGAGAAAACAAGGACAAAGGGGCUGCCGCCCCCUGCCCCGGCGCAGACGGCCCGAAGGACUCUUUGUAUGUGGCCGUGGCCGACUUUGAAGGGGACCAAGAUACCAGCAGCUUCCAGGAGGGGACAGUGUUUGAGGUCCGGGAGAAGAACAGCAGCGGCUGGUGGUUCUGCCAAGUCCAGAGUGGGGCGCCCUCCUGGGAAGGGUGGAUUCCUUCCAACUAUCUCAGAAAGAAGCCGUAGCCUCCUCCCUCCCUGCCCGGAGGUCCUGCGCGUCCCUGGUCCCUGCCAGCUUUCCCCACGUAUUUAAUAUGCCUCUUAAUUUAUCAUCCUCCACGAAGCUUCAAAGGAAGGAAGACUGGAAGGGAAGACUGGUUUCCUCCCUCCCCUCGGGGGAGGGUAACCCCUCCCAGCGCAGCAUCCCCUGGAGGUUCAGAGGCCACACCCCUUUCUCUCUACUCAGCAUCCCUGCCUUAAGGCCCGUGGCAUCGCCACCCAGCUUCCCUGCCCACCCAGAGGCAGGACUAUGACUCUCUGAGGCCUCCAGGACCAAAGCCCAUCAUUUGGAAAAACUGCAGAAAGGGUCUCUCGUGGCUUAGAUCAGGCAGAGGACCGCCCCACACACACCCGCCCCCGCCAGCACCCCACUCAGUCCGUUCAAGUCCAGCGACUUGAUUCAGUCAGUUUCCAAAAUGCUUGGUCCCCAAAAGAACUUCCUCCUGUAGAAGCUGGCUCCUUUCAAUCCCAGGGAGCUGCUGUCUUCCCCGAGGCCUCUGGCCCUCGGGCCUCUCAGGUUCAACCAGAUGCAACUGUCCCAGGCGUGGGCCAGGAGGGCCCCUCCGCCUUCCUGCCUUCCAGCUCCAGGCUUCCUUUCCUGCUGCAGGCUCUGGUCCAACCCAGGGCUUUUAAACCAGAAUCCCCAGCCCGCUUUGAGGGGCCUUUCAUUCCUGCCCACCUAGAGCAAGAAGCUCAAGGCUGGUUUGAAUAAGGGGGCCCUUGUGAGCUCCUCUUUGCCACGUAGCUAGUAGGUGCCAAAUGCUGUACUUGGCACUUCACACUCACGUUGAACUCUCGCAACAACCCUCUCUUAUGAUAUAUAAAUAUCAUCUGUUUUACAGAUGAGGAAACCGGAGCUCAGUGUGCCCAAGGGCACGCGGGCUGGAAGAGGAGGAAGGGGAAUCCGAAUGCAGGCUGGCCUGACUUGCACGCCUGUGCCCUUCCCCCUGCAAGAGGGAAACCAGGCAGGGGAGAGGGAGAGGCCGGCUGGCUGCCAGGAGCAGGCGGCCAACUGGCUUCCCCAGGGAUGUGCUAGAGGGAACGGGGUGGCUCAUGGCUGCUUCCACACCCACCACCCUCCAACCCAUUGCAGCAUCUGCCACAGGCUGCCCUGGACCCCGAUGUUGCCGUGGAGCCCUAUGUCCUGCUCCUGUGCCAGUGCCCCCCAGGGGAUGGAGCCUAUGGAGCAAAGGGAGCUGAGAUGGUCUCACGUGCCUGCCUGGAGGGGCCCUGGUGGCCCAAGGCCAGCAGCUGGAUCUCCAGCAAGCUGAGCAGAGUAAGCAGUAGCCCCAUAAGGAGAUGAAGACCCACGGGCCAGGCAGACACCUCCUGCCUCCCUCUGCUGCUGCCUCCGGCUCCUCUCUGGCACUUGAAGAAGAGUUUUCUUCUCCUGCUCUAUGACCUCACCCUCUGCAAACCCCGGGCCGCCCUCGCACCCAUUUUGAUGGAUGUGGUUCCUUGAGGCACAUAGGGGCCCAGCCACACUGCAGAACGAGAAUCAGGACCCAAGGGUUCUGGCCCCCAGCCCAGAGCUCUUGCCUGGGGCACAGGCUGCCCAGGCGGGGGCAUGUGGGGGUGAGAAGGCAGCCUGCCUGACUCUGCAGGACCAGAGGAAGUGGCCCUGACCUACCCCGGAGAGUGUUCACCUGCUGCCAUGCUUUUGGAAGGGCAAGGCCAGCUUUCUUGGGGACGCUCGCUGUCCAGCGGCAGUGCCAAAGGUUGAUGUGCAAACAGCCCUCUUCCACUCUCCCCACCCUCCUCUGCAGGAGAAAGAGCUCCCCCCGAUCCACAGUAGCAUCUUUAUUUCUUCAGUAGGUCUGUAAAUCCCACAUUCCGGGAACCCCUCACAGUACCCCCUUGCCCCUUGGCCCUGCCCCCAGAACCCUGGGUGGGGGAAGAAGGCAGAAGGGAGAUUGGGAGAGAACCACCUGCCACCCAAGGCCCCCCCACUUGGGAGGAGGCCCCGAGGCAGGUUCUGCUGAGUUUUUGACCCACUCUGGUUUAAACACCAUUUGUGAAGCUGUUGUGCAGCAUUUGCCUACAUUUCCAAAGACAAAACUCAUUUCUUUUUUCUGA